UUGUGUUUGGCGGGAAAAUGGAACGACUUCCAACAAGUGUACACCAGAAGCUUCUCGCCAAUAGAACCACUCAGCCAUGCCGUAAACCCUAACACUCGCUAAUUCCAGAAUCCAAAUACAUCUGCAUCAAAUACCUUGCAUCAGUUUUCUUUCUUCAUCUUCGGUUUCCCGCUAUUUCCUUCUAUCUGCAGCCAAUGACUGUGCUUAGGUCCCGCCAAGUAACUUCAACCAUCCAACAACCCAAACCCAAAACCCCUCAAACAUCCAUCAUCAUUGAACCCGCCACUCCCGUUCAGACUCGAGAACCUGCUACCCAACAAUCAACGCCCAUUGCGGGUCCCAAUGACGAAUCUGUCGGUCUCGGAUCUAAUUCAGUCUCCCUUUCCGCUUCUGGUCCUUUUCGUAGGCGAAGCAUCCGUCUCGCUUCCAAAUCGGUCAUCGGCGACUGUUCCAAUGAACCAGAUGUCUCUGAAAAGAAUGACUCUAGGGUAUCGGAUCAUGAAUCAGUGAAAGGGAACAGGGUUGAUGGUUUAAUUGAAGAGGGGUUUAGGGUUCUAAGUGACAAGGGGACUAGCAGGAAGAGAGAGAAGAAAGUAGAUGAUAAUUCCUCGCGUUUUGAGAGUGAAACAAAACAAGGAAACUUGAUUUUACGGUCAGGAAAGAGGAUUGUUAAAAGGAGAGUGGAAAAUGCAAGUGAUUGUAAGACAGUUUGUGAGGAUGAAAAGGAAACCGGACACGAGGGAAAUGGAGAAUCAUUGAAGGGCAGUUUAGCAGUAAAUGGAAACUUGGAUUUCGAAUCUGAAGCUAAGAAUUCUGUUAGUUAUGUGAAAGAGAUGCGGGAAAAAAAGGAAGGGAAGAGGAUUUUGAGAGAGGUGAACAGAGAGGGUUCCGUGAACGGGAAAUUGGAGAAGAGAAAAACUGUUAACGAGCAGAAUGGGGACAAUGGUAGGAGGUAUAGCAGAGAAGAGAAAAAGAAGGGGAAAAUGGUAGAACAUUCUUCGCCAUCAAACUGUGAUGAGCAAAUACAAGAAGACUAUUUGUUUUCUGUAGCAGAAGAACUGGAGCACAAGUCCCGAAUGGAACAGUUUCGCGAUAUUGCUAGGGAGAAUGCUUCUCGGUUUGCUCAUUACAAUCCCCAGGAUGACGAAACUGAAGCACCAGGCUUAGAGGUGGUUGCGGAAAUCGAAGAUUGGCCAGGUCCCUUCUCUACUGCCAUGAAAAUAAUCAGGGAUCGUUCUGAUAAAUCGAAAAUUCAACAGGGUAGUUCCUCUUCAGUUGAGACGAAAUCGGCGCCGGUAAUAUGGGUGCCUAAAAGGAGUAAAGCUGGUGAUCGUUCAAAAUUAUUGGUUCCCUCGCUUAAGGAACUGUGCAUGAAAAUACUUAUCAAGAAUGCGGAUGCAAUCACUUCACUUGAAUAUAUCCCGGAUGCUAUGAGGCACAAGCUCAGUCAGUUGCUUUGUGAUUCUAGAAGAAUGAAUGCACAUUUUCUUGAUCUUCUUGUACGUGGUUCCCCAUCAGAGAUUAGGUUACGAGAUUGUUCAUGGUUAACAGAGGAACAAUUCACUAAAUGUUUUGAGGGCUGUGAUACCAGUAGUUUGACGGUUCUGCAACUUGAUCAGUGUGGACGUUGCUUGCCAGAUUAUGUCUUACGUUCUACCUUAGGCAGGUCAUCAAAUUACUUGCCUGCACUAACUACUUUAUCCUUAAGUGCAGCAUGCCGGCUUUCGGAUGUUGGGUUACGGAUACUUGUUUCUUCUACUCCUGCUCUAAGAUCUAUAAAUCUCAGCCAAUGCUCCCUUCUAACGCCAGCUGGGUUUGACAUUUUAGCUGGCUCAUUGGGAUCAGUUCUGAGGGAACUUUAUAUUAAUGAUUGCCAAAGCAUUGACGCCAUGCUUAUUUUGCCGGCUCUGAAGAGGCUAGAACACUUGGAAGUGUUGUCUCUAGUUGGAAUGCUAAGUGUCAAUGAUAUUUUUCUUAGGCAACUUAUCAUUGCACGGGGUCGUAAUAUGAAAGAACUGAUUUUGGGUGACUGUGUGAAAUUAACUGAUUUAUCUGUGAAAAUCAUCGCUGAAAGUUGUCCUCGCUUAUGUGCACUUGAUCUUGUUAAUUUAUGCAAACUGACAGAUUGCGCUUUGGGUUAUCUUGCGAAUAGUUGUCAAGCACUGCAAACGUUAAAACUCAGCCGCAAUUCUUUCAGUGAUGAUGCUGUGGCAGCAUAUCUGGAGACCUCUGGGCAGUUUCUAAAAGAAUUGUCUCUAAAUAAUGUCAAGAAGGUUGGCCAGAGCACUGCCUUUUCUCUUGCUAGAUCUUUAAGGGACCUGCAUAGCCUAGAUCUUUCUUGGUGCCGGAAUUUGACAAAUGAGGCUGUGGGUUUGAUUGUUGAUAGCUGUUUAUCUUUGAGGUUGCUUAAGCUCUUUGGAUGCACUCAGAUUACAGAUGUAUUGGUGAAUGGCCACUCAAAUCCAGAUGUCCAGAUCAUUGGUUUGAAGAUGUCUCCAGUCCUGGAACAUCUCAAGUUACCUGAUUCUCAGGAAGCGCCCUUGUACUAUUCUUCCCUUUGAUAAGAUCUGUACAGGGAUUACUGAGUUAUGGACAUUAAAAUCUAGUUACCUUGUUAAGUAGGAAAAUUGUGGAGUGCUGCCAUUUUUACAGGAAAUGUCACUGAUUCAGAAUGCUUA